UCCAUUGUUCCUGAUUAUGACUUACAUGUGUCUGCUGUUAAGUGUCUCUCUAGGGCAGAAAAGGUAUCUUUAAAUGCCCUCUGGCCUCCCCCAAUGGUCUUCAUCCAUAUGGAAUACAAAUGACGUGUGUACAGUUUAUUGGCUUGUCGCAGGUUAAUCUCCUCAGAAUUUGAAGUGUAUAAAAGGACAGAGUGAAGCGCGAGAGUUAUUUGACAUAAAGAGAGAUCUCUGUCAUAUUACCAGGGAAGAUACACAAAAAGUGAGACAUGAAUACGGACAUAGCCAAACCUGAAGCAAAGACUGGUGGCAAAGCCCCUCUUAGAGCAACGGCCCCCGGUUCCCCACGAAAGGGCCCACCCAAGUUCAAGCAGAGAAACACCCGUCAAUUCAAGAGCAAGCCCCCGAAGAGGGGAGUCAUUGGCUUUGGAGAGGAGAUUCCAGGAAUGGAGGGACUUGGCACUGAUAUCACAGUGAUCUGUCCCUGGGAAGCAUACAGCCAUCUAGAGCUACAUGAACUCGCUCAAUAUGGCAUCAUUUGAGUUUCUUCACAGUUAAACAGCUUUUUUUUUCUUUUACUAACAAGAGGAUUUAAUUCAAAAUGACGUCCAGAGAUUAUUUUAAUGAUUCAUGUAUGGUAAACAUAAAGCUAGAAAUGUGUUAGGAUUUUAUGUAAUACAUGUCUGCAUAUUGUGUAUGCUGUUUUUUGUAAAAUAAAUAUAUUUCCUGAGACUCUCAAGCUGCCAUUUUCAUGCUCUAAAACACUGCUGCUGUUCUUGUGUCAUUGUGUGGCUGCAGAUGGAGAUGUAGCUGAUAGCUUAGUUACUGGCCAGCAGGAGAUUCUGUCAGCACUGUGUUUUUAUACUCAAAAUAAAGCUUUAACUUUUUAA